GCCCAGAAAUAGCGAAAGGCCCUGAAAGCUCGGCGCUGGUAAAUAUCGGGGAACUGCUUCUUUGGUUGUUGUUUGUUGUUGCUUGUUGUUGUUGGUUUAUUCUACUCGUGAACAGAAACAUCGUCGCCGCUCGACGCGUGGAAUGUGCUCUGCAUCUGCAUCCUGGACUUGCAUUCACGCGACACGCCGUCACUGACCUCUUUUCGUCCAUCCCGCCAUUGUUCGUCUCCUUCUCGCCCCUGCCCCUCUCCUCCCUGCCCCCUCCUCUCCUGCCUGCCCGUCUGCUCUCAGACCUUGGUCUUGUUUUCUUGACUUUCCGCUAGCUCAUGUCCGACGCUUCUGCUGCGUCCUCGCCCGAUGGCGCUCACGCUGCCUCUGCUGGCAUGAGCGCGCUCACUGAGGAUCUGUUUAGUGCCUACUUUCCUCUGCCAUAUCGCGUCGUCGCGACAAUCAUAAUAGGCGUCUGGGGAUGGGCAUUCGUCCUGCACACCCUCACCCGGCUCCAAAUCAACGUCGAGUCCCUCCUCCGCUUCAACCAAAAGCACAACUCGCCGCCGCUCUACCAGAUCGUCUACCAGAUCGGCACGAUGCUGCUCGUAGUCUACAGCGCGACCACCGCGCUCCUGUGGAUCGCAGGCACCCACGAAUUCACAUUCACCGUCUUCGGCUUCGACAUCCUCCCCUUCCUCUGCUUCGCCUCCAUCCCCGUUAUCUUCAUGUUCCCCGGCCACCACGGCCACCGCUCGAGCCGCAACCGCUUCAUGUCGACGCUCAAGCGGAUCUCGUUCGGGGGUCUCGACGCCGAGACUCGGUUCGCGGACAUCAUCACCGCCGACGCGUUGACGUCCUACUCCAAAGUCCUCGCCGACGGCUGGAUCAUGGUCUGCAUGGUCCUCUGCGGCCGCUCCGUCGCCGCCAUCCCCGACCGCACCUGCGGCGGCGAGUGGGUUGCGCCGAUGAUCAUCUCGAUCCCGUACCUGAUCCGUCUGCGGCAAUGUCUCACUGACUUCAUGCGGUCAAACAUGCAGGACUACGCGCACCUGCUCAACGCGGCAAAGUACUCGACCACUUUCCCCGUCAUCAUCCUCUCGGUCGUCAAGCACAAGUACGACAACUCCGAGGGCGCAACCUACGUCGGCGCCCUCAUCAUCUACGACCUCUGGAUCCUCUCCAUGCUCGCAAACUCAAUCUUCUCCUUCUGCUGGGACGUCCACAAGGACUGGGACCUCACCAUCUUCGUCCCGGCAUCCAAGCGGCCCGAGAUGGCCCACCGCGGCCUGCGCCCGAUAACAUACUUCCCGGCCUCGUUCUACUACCUCGCGGUCGUGCUCGACCUCGGCCUCAGAUUCACUUGGAGCCUGAAGCUUUCCCCGCAUCUCUACUUCUUCAACGACUUUGAAGGCGGCGUCUUUGUGCUCGAGGUCAUGGAGUUGUUCAGACGCUGGAUCUGGCUGUUUCUCAGGAUCGAGACUGAGUGGAUCCGCGCGACCGGCGCGGGCAUGAGAGUUCCUCUGCCCAUGUCUGAACUCCGUCCGAAGGACUAAUCCCCUCUUUUUUCUUCGUAAGAGGUCCAGACGAUCACCACCUUGUGCAUUUUCUUUUUUUUCAUUUUAAUACUUGUUUUGCAUUACUACAGAAGUGUGCUCUCACUCUCACUCCUCCUUCCAUCUUCCGUGGUUGAAGUGAGGAUUUUAAUUCCGUUGUAUGAUACUGAAUGUUGUAUAUAGAAGUAUGCCGUACUCUACAUGGUGUUGUAAUAGACUUAACCACA